CAGUGUCUGUACUAGACUCGACAGCCUCUGCGCGCGACAGCAACAACAGAGACAACAACAACACCGUCAUCCUCACCUCGCCCUCACCUCCGUCUUCCUUCCGACGCGAUCCUCCCUCCAGCAGGACUGCUUCACCGUUCCCUCUGCGUCUGACAGACCCAACUCAUGUGCGCUCACCAUGGACGGAUACGACGCCAUCACGAUGCCCUAUUUGGGCAAUCCUAUGACCGUGCUCCCUCCUAAUAUGCACAACACCGAAUAUCUGUCCAUGUCGCAGCUGGAUGGGCCUGACCAGCCUCCCAACUUUGACCCGGAUAACUUUAUCGGCAACGACGACAUGAUCUACUCCGCGCAUGGCAUCAUCAGAAACAUCCCCCAGCAUUUCCCCGAACAGUAUGCCGAGAUUAUGCCUUCAUUCGAGCCUCCCGCGCCCGAGCAACAGCAACCACAGCAGCAGGACGCCAAUAUCGACCAUAAUCACAAGCUGCUGAGCUUCUCUGCCCCCACGUACAGCUUCACCUUGCUGGACUAUUCUCUGCACAGGACCAACAUUUCCGUCGCGGCGCAGCUGCACGGCAUGUUCUUUCUCGCGGAGUCGCCCUGGACCAAUUCUCCCACGGAGGCAGUCCCUCCCCAGGUCGCCGAAUUGACCUGUUAUCGCCGUAAUCUCUUCCAGAUAACUGGCUCAGUCACGUUGCCGCGCACCCUGCGCUAUCUGAUGACGGACCAGGGGGAUAGGAUCCCCAUUCUGGCACUGGAACUCACCGUUUCCGCCACGGAGUCGGUUGAGGGAAAUGCGGUCAAGAUCAUCUCGGUGCCUUGGAAGACUCCCGCCGCCAACGGCAACCAGCAACCGGAGGACAAGACGGAGAAAGAACCACCAGCCAUCCCGCUCGAUACCAUGGCUGGCCAGGACAUGGACUCGGACUAUGCGAGCUUCCCCAUCGCCUGGAAGCGUCUCCAGUUCCGCAUUGCAACCGCCAACAACGGACGCCGCAAGGAACUGCAGCAGCACUUUGUCGUCCGACUUAAGGUCAUGGCCACUCUAUCUACUGGCGCAAAGGCCCCCGUCUGCGAGGUCCGUUCCGGUCCUGUCAUCGUCCGCGGACGCAGCCCGCGCAACUUCCAGUCACGGAAGGACCUUCCUCUGAGCGGCAGCGCAGCUUCAUCUCGCAAGAACACCCAAGCGUCCGCAGCCAAGGGCAACAACCGUUCUCCCCGUCAGCCCAGCCAGACUCCCGUGCAGGCUGCGGCUCAACUGCGCGCGUCCACCAAGAGCAGCACCCCUGAGAUGGGAUCGAUCUUCCAGUUUGAGGAAGCCCCUCUCCCGCAGGUGACUAUGCCGCCGCACUCGUCUCCUCCCUAUGCAGACUGGACGCAGAUGCCUCCUACGACCACCGCGACUGCAGCUCCUCCUCCGGUGCCUUUUCCCCCGGCGAAUUUGCCUCCCCUAAACGGAUCUCUGCCUGGGUAUCAGCGUACGAGCCCAACCAUGUCGCGCGACACGGAUUCGCAGCGUCGUCUUAGCGUUGCUCCCAUUACGCUUUCUCUGGUAGACGACGAGUUCUCCCCGCCCAGGUCCGCGGAUAUUACGAAGCACUCUCGCCCCAGCAAGUCCAAUAAUGCAUUGCCUCAGAAGAACCCGAGUCCGGAGAUCGAGUCUGCACGUCCCACCAAGAUGAGGAAGACCUCCCAGGCUUCUUCCACCCGCCCGCGUCCCAGCCGCUCUGCCUCCAACAGUGUUGUUCCUGUCUUGGGCACCGCCACUGUCAACGCUGCGCCGGCUUUUCCCGCGCCCGCGUCAACUCUUGCUACGGGAUUUUCCUUCACCUCUGACAGCGCAGAUCUGCUGUACGAAUACUUCCCGCUGGGCCUGGAUGAGUGGCACGCCCCCGUCGACGCGGUCUAUCGCCCGCACGUGGUCCACCACACGAACAUCCCAGCCGAUCCCAAGGUGACUGCGGCGAGGAACAGGAGCAAGCGUUAUUUCGCUGCUGAAGACGUGUAUUGAUCUUACGAUACGACGUGUACAGACGGCUCUCUUCUCUUCGAUUCAUCCCAGAGAGUCCACUACAAACAAAAAAAAAACCCCUUUAAUUAAAAAUCCUG